UUAUUGGAAUUUGUGGGUGUAUUUGUUGAUUUUUCUGUACUAAUUUCUUUCUUAAACAAACAUGAAUUACUGAGAAGUAAUGCAUAAAGCUCAGGGUUUAAGUAUUCAAAACAACCUUUCUCCGUAAAAAGAUACAAUGAGCAGAAACAUGGAACAUCCGCUUUCUCUCAAACUAAGUUCUUUAAGCGUCAUAUCUCAAUGCAAAUUAGAACGGAUACUAUCACUAUGUGGCGAUAAGAAGGACUUAAUUAUUGAUCCUGCACUAAUCAAGCCCUUGGAAAGAAUUUGCGGUGUUAGCUGGUUACGCCAGCAUGGAAUUGACAAAAUCUACAAAAUGGACCCACAGCUGGGUCCCACAGCCAACACAAACAGAGUAUACUUCAUCCCGUCUUGCAUCCAGAAGUACAAGUGUGUCCUCGACCAGAUCUCUUCAGUCCUCAGCCAAAAUGCCUCCCUAGCUCAUCAGAAUUGUUUUCACAUAAUUAUAGUCCCUAAAGUUGUAUGUUCUUAUGAUUCUCUUCUGGAAAGCAGAGGCCUAUACGGUGUAGUCAAACUACACCCCUUUACCUGGGAACUUAUGGCCUUAGAUGAGCAACUACUAAGCUUAGAACUACCAUUUUUAUUCAAGCAGCUAUUUGUAGAGCAAAAUCAUUCCUUGUUGUCAGGCAUUUCCAUGUCUUUGUGGAGUUUAUUUCAUGUCAUAGGCCGGCCUAAAGCUAUAUUUUCAGUUGGGAAGUUGUCAGCAAGCGUUUUGGAUAUGCUUGAGGUCUAUAAUGAAACAUAUGCGAGGGAUUUUUUGACAGAAGAGAGUUCAAAUGAAAUUGGUGCAUUGAUAGUUGUUGAUAGAAGCCAGGAUUAUGCAUCUAGUCUUCUUACUCCUGCUACAUAUAGUGGAUUGCUGAGUGAAAUAUUUAAAAUUAAUUGUGGGCAUUUAGAACUGAAUGUCAAAGACACUAAGAUAAAGAAAGGAAAACUGAAUUUUGACUUUGAAGAAGAUAAAACAGUUGCAAAAAAUACAAUUAUGACUUUAGAUAGUUCAAUAGACUGUCUGUAUGGAGAGAUAAAACAUAGACAUUUCUCAGAAGUACUAAGUGUUCUAAGCUCUAAAGCAAAACUAUUGAAAAAUGAAGAUAUAAAAGCAUUGGGAAUACAAGAAAUGAAACAUUUUGUAGCAACAAAAUUACAACAAGUCACACUUUUUAAACAAAGUCUAGUCAAUCAUGUAUUAGCCUGUGAGACCAUCAUUUCAGAAAUGAGCAACAAGUUUGAGAACCUCAAACUGACAGAGACAGAUAUGCUCAAUAACAAGAAUAAGAAAUCAAACUUUACUUUUGUUGAUGAGAAUUUUGGCACUGACAUACAUGUCUACAACAGCUUACGGCUUAUGUGUUUACUAAGUUUAACUCAAGGCCUGUCGUAUGACGAAUAUAAUUCACUAGUAAACAAGUACUUACUAGCUUUCGGAUACAAUUUCUUAUAUGUAUUUAACAACUUAAUCAAUGCUGGAUUGCUAAUUCAACCAUCAACAUUAAAGUUGUCUCUUAAUAUAUCAAAUCUUGGCAACUUAAGUGACAGACUACCAAAAUGGCAGAAUAGUUUCCAAACUACAGCUAACAAACUCAAAAUGCUUCCUCCUGAGGAUGCCAGUAAAUCAUCACCAGGCUAUGUCUUCAAUGGAGGCUACAUACCUUUAAUAGCAACACUUUGCAAUACUGUAUUAACUUCAGAUUCCUUACUAGAUGUUUUAACUAAACUGUCAGCUUUACCUGAUUUGAAAGUUGGUGGUAAAAUAGUUGAAAAUUUUAAAGUUGGUAUAGAAACAUUUGAUGAGAAAAUUGACAACUUAAAACCUCAGAGUGACCUGGAUUUUGGUUGCAAAGAUACAAACUUGGUUAAACUACUUAAAAAUGACACUAGAGUAGGUGGGUUUCCGCUGAAGCCUAAAACUGUAUUAGUGUAUGUUGUUGGUGGUGUGAACUAUGCUGAGAUAGCGGCGUGUGAUGUGAUACAAACGGCGACGGGCAGCAAGAUAUAUGUGGCAAGCGACUGCAUAGCUAACGGGGGUGAUCUUAUGGCUGCUAACACUUGAGGUCCCAGUCUCAAAGUGUGAAGGCUUUAAAUUUUUAUGAAUGCUUACUUUCAUACUAUAUAUGACAUAGCUCAUAUAUGUAUUUACUAUUUAGGUUGCAAGUUUCUAGUUGUAAACAUGAGCCACAAUUUUCAGUGCCAGAUUAUGACUUUAUGUAACCUGUGAAAUUCAUCCUGAACAAAUAAUAUACAAGGUGCUCGCGAGGAACCCAUACUUUUUUAACUUUAACGGCAUAUUCUUGGUCACAUUUUAAGACUAAAAUGUC